GUGUGUAACGGCCUAACGGGAAGCGCUACAUUGCACGGUUUGUUGAGAAUUAUGAACGUUAUUUACGGGCCACCACAGCCGAGCCUAGCUCGUUAAGUGACGUCACGAGAGGAGCGCGAGGUAGAUGAGCGGUUGGAAUGUGCAUGAUGUCAACAAAAAGCGGAUUUUCCGUGUUCCCAAAUAAGAGCCCUCACUGGGCACGUUAUGGAGCCGUUAUACCGGUUGAGUCAUGGUGUUGCCAUGCUCGCUAAGGCCUCCCCUUCCUCUCUCCUUUCUAUCUCUCUCUCCCUCUCUUUCUCACUUCCUUCCUUCCUCUCACCUCUCUCUUAGCUUCCAAGUCUUAGUCAUUUUAGGAUGUGUCAGUGUUUCUAUCAUUUUCGAGGUCAUGUCCACUGGAGCGAAGAGGUGCUGAUCUCCAGAUUGCCAAGGCGGUGCCAAGAGACAGACUUUUCCCCUUGCCCCCCCCCAAACCCAACCCUGUGACACCCCACAUGCCCCACACCCCUGCGUCGACCCUGGUCGGUCCUCGUGAUGGAGCUAACUAACCCCACCUCCACCCUGUACGCUGCGGUCGUAAAGAUGUUGGCGUAUAAAUUGAGGUGGGUGAGAGGAAUCAGAAAACUCUGAGAUCUAGAACUAGAACACGAGAACUAGAACAUGAAGAACAUGGUGAUGAUGGACUCCAUUGUUGGGAGAAACUGGCCACUGACCUUCCUGGCUGGGACACUGCUCUGGACCACCUGCCUUGCGGCUCCUAUGCAGUGCCACUUCAACUCCAAAGCGCUGUGUGUGUACGAGGGGAGACACUACUCUCUGGGGGAGUCCUGGAUGGAGGAUGGCUGUCUGCAGUGUACCUGUCUGCACCCUGUCGGCGUCGGCUGCUGCGAGACGGUGCAUCACCCGGUGGACUUCCCAGGGUGGUGCGAGGUUCGGGUGGACACUCUGACCUGUAAGAUGACCCUCGUUCAGAGCGCUGACCCCCGCCUGCCCUGCAGACCUGGGAAUGGAAACAACCUAGACCCCAGCCACGGCUCACUGGAACACUACUUGCAGCUAGCGGAGUAGACGGGGAUAGAAUCACAGUCGGACAGUGGAGGCUGGUGGAGGGAGAAAUCGAAGAACGGGCUCAUUUAAUUCCAGCCAUUACAUUUAAAGUGAUUUAAAGUGGCACAAGCCUCCACUGAAGUCGAACGAUCACCUCCCUCCACCCGUCUGUCUGUGUACUUCAAACGCUCCAUUCUCACAUGUUGCAGACCCGUCAUUUGUUAACAUUUAAACCUCAUGAAUAUUACAAUAUACUGUACCAUAAGCAGAAAAUUAUACUCCGUUGGAAUGCAGAGGUGAGCUCACAUAAUGUAAUCCCACAUUUAUGGCACCCUGUAAUGCUCUACUGUAAAUAUCAACUCUUAUAGUAAUAUAUAACAAUUGUUGUCGUAUUUGUUCUGUAUUGCAGUUAUAUUCAGUUAUCCUCUAAAUAAAAUUCUCAUUCAGUGAAA